CCGAUCGAAGUGACGGGAUUCUGGGAUUAGUCCAGGAGAUUCCCCCCGAACCAUUUGUGAUCGCGAUCGUCUUCAAUUACCUCAACCGGGUAAUAACAAGUGGACAUUUCCUAGAUCCGGAUCCAAAUAGUGGCGCCUCAAGUGUAUCGGAAGUGACAUGAAGGAGCAAGUGUGAGAUUUUUGAGGGGGCGUCGCACGGUUUGGUACAAUAUUUACAGCUUUUGUGCGGGAUAUGUGUCAACUUGUUAUGGUCGGUGGUUUUGAUUGAAGAAAUAAAAAUCCAAUGAAAUGUGGAAAAAACAAAUCAGAAGUUCAAAUGCGUUUUUUGGUGGAAACGCUUGGUGAUUUGUCAAUAUUUUGUGUUAAGUGGAAUUGUUCGAUCCGCAAAAUUAGGACCUGUUAAAGGUGUUGAAGUGAAAAUCUACUGUAUCUACUUCCUGACAACAUUUGGGCACAAUCCAGUCGCCAGUUAUGGAUAGGACAUGUUACGGAAAGUGGGAUCCUGGAGCCCGGCAGCCUUAUCGAUGUGCCCUGAGGGAACGCGGAAUUGCACCAGGAUAUGCUUUGCUUGCUGAUUUGCAAAACACAGUUCCGGGCCAUCAUGGUCAGCAGCAUGUUGGAGGCGGGGGUGGAUCGUCGGUUCCAGGAUACGGUAGCCUGAACGGUGUCCGGAGUAAACAGACACCGAGUCCGCAAUCCUAUCAAACCAAAACAAUCACAGAAACACGAACGACGACGCCCGCCAACGGCUACAAUGGAUCGUUGCCGCGUUCGACGACGCCCCACCAAAACUCACUGCCACGUGCUGCCGGAACGCCACAAAAGCUGCCGGGUUCCACUUCCGGAAACCUCUCGGAGCUCGAUUCGUUGCUACAGGACUUGAGCAGUGCCCGUUACGGGAACAUCGUUGAGAAACAAAAUCAACAAAACAAUGGCACAACUAGUCCUUCUCCGUACACCAUCAAUGAUUCCAUCAAACGGCCAUCGGUCGAUAGUUUGUUGGAUGAGCUGAGCAAUGCCAAUCCCAUCUAUGCUGUUCCCUAUGGUAAUCAAUCGGCCAAUGCCGCCGCCCAGCAACCCGGUCGGCAAGUUACCAUCACAGUUCGGGAAACUACUACCGAGAAAAUGACCGGAACGCCAAGUUUGAACUACCAGCAGCAACUGUACGAGCAGCAGCUCGCCAAUGAGCAAACGAACUACACCUCGUCUGCCACCAAGGAGCUCGAUGAUCUAAUGGCUUCACUCUCGGACUUCAAGAUCACAUCCGGAUCGCAUCAGAAUCAGCUGGUUACGGAUUACGCCAAGCCGAAUCAAGGCGUAUCGCACUAUCAAACUACUUUGACGACCGUAACGACUACGGAACAGCUUGAGCCCGGAAGUGAUCAGUUGGAUUCUAUGCUCGGAAAUUUGCAGGCCGACAUGAGCCGUCAAGGAGUUAAUACGACCCAGAAGGGAUGCUGUAAUGCAUGCGAUAAGCCCAUCAUCGGUCAGGUCAUUACGGCCCUCGGAAAAACUUGGCAUCCGGAGCAUUUUACCUGCAAUCAUUGCAGCCAGGAGCUGGGAACCCGGAACUUCUUCGAGCGGGACGGAAAUCCCUACUGCGAGGCAGAUUACCACAAUCUGUUCAGCCCACGUUGCGCAUAUUGCAAUGGACCGAUCUUGGAUAAAUGUGUGACGGCGCUGGAGAAAACCUGGCAUACGGAGCACUUCUUCUGUGCCCAGUGCGGCCAACAGUUCGGGGAGGAUGGCUUCCACGAGCGGGAUGGAAAACCGUACUGCCGCAACGAUUACUUCGACAUGUUCGCCCCCAAGUGCAACGGGUGCAACCGGGCCAUCAUGGAGAACUACAUCUCGGCCCUCAACAGCCAGUGGCAUCCGGAUUGUUUCGUUUGCAGGGACUGUCGCCAGCCGUUUUCGGGCGGAUCGUUCUUCGAUCAUGAGGGGCUGCCGUACUGCGAGACGCACUACCAUGCCAAGCGGGGUUCGCUGUGUGCCGGAUGUUCGAAACCGAUUACCGGAAGAUGUAUCACGGCCAUGUUUAAGAAAUUCCACCCGGAACAUUUCGUGUGCGCCUUUUGCCUGAAGCAGCUGAACAAGGGAACGUUCAAGGAGCAGAACGACAAACCGUACUGUCAUCAGUGCUUUGAUAAGUUGUUUGGGUAAAGAGAGGGCGCGGGUAUUUUUUCUUGGGUUUAGCGUUUUUCUGUAUCCACGAUGUUACUUCAGUCGAUGCGAAAGGAUCUUUGAUUGUCGGAUCGAAAAAGAUAGUCAUCUUGGGAAAAACUAAUUUCUGACGAGAUCAAAAGGGAUUGGGGAAAGCUUAAGUUCGGUAUGGAAAAUUGUGGCUCCAGGACUACAGAAGUAUUCCCCCUCUCUAGAGUAUUUUUUUCUCCGAAGAAGUCUUUGUUGAUUGGUUUAGUUUAUUUAGUAACUGUGUUUCGUUUCGAUUCCGAUUAAAAUGUUUACUUAAAAUUAGAGCUGCAAAGAUUUUUUUAAGCUGUCGCUCAAAAUGGGGACUCCCAAAACAUUUCCAUAAUAAUUCAUCAGUUUUCACUAAUUUUCCAUAGAAGAAAAAGAGUACUUUUAGAAGUUUGUUUUGACAAAUGGGUGGAUUUUUUAGAAGAUAUCUACUAAAAUAAUUUCUUCCAUUUGUUAUAUUCAAUCGGAAAGUGCUCUUGUUCUACAUUUUUUCUGUUUUUUUUUGUCAAGCAACUAAUCACUGAAGCAUACGUAAAGUUGCUACUCGCUUUUUUCUUCUAGGAUUAAGAUACAAUCGGAAUAGUCAGUCUUUCUUUUCAGUUCACGUAGAUCAUUCGUACGAAUUUGUUAACCUGACAAGUAUUGAAAUAAUUACGUUUGCAACACUUUGUUGAUAAGAUAACUGGAACUACCUAUAGUAAAUCAAACUCCCAUAAUCAUCCAUCUAAUACUAAUAUGUAACUGAAAGCGAUCUUGCAACGUAAACUUUUCUUUAUUUUUAAGUCAACCGAUGCAGCUUUUGCAGUGUAUUUAUUUGAGAAAAAAAUCAAUUAUAAACGACGUUCGCAUGGAUUAAAACAAUUAGAAAAGUCAUAUAUUAGAAGAAGUUUCCGUAGAAAGCUAGUUACUUUCUGACAGAAGUCGUUAAAACAUGGAUUAAACGAAGCAAAAGUAACAAACAGAAAUGUUGAACUAAAUCCAAAAUAAAUAUAACAAAAACUCUAGCGAGCGAGUUAGGAAGAAAACAAAUCUAAAACUUAAAAAUUGCCAACGAUAUAGAAUCAAUUAGAGAGAAACAAGUUUAGAAACAUUAACAUUAACGUAUUUAUCAGCCAAAUGUUGAAAUUGAUAAAUUUGUCUGCGCGAUUGCAGUCUAUUUCAAAACUAAGCUUCUUGAAACAGAGUCUAAAAAUAAAACAAAUCUAUAAUCGGAACCGACUUAUACAGCUGAUAUAAAAAAAAACAAAUACAUUCAU